CUUUUUUCUUGGUUUGUCUUCUGAGAAACAGAGACAAUGGCGAAUAUAAAGCCUAAGUUGAAGGUGCUGAAAAAGCGCCGCUCGAGCCUUUUUGCGACCAUAAAACGGGACAUGAGUUUUUCUCAAAGCAUUGAAGAACAGGACUGCGAGUUCCCUUUUUCGCAGGACAGCUCGGUGAAACCAUGGACGUCUAUGGACAACCUUGAUGCUCCUGAUGAGAAAAAACCACCAAAAAAAGAACCGAAAAAAGAGGCAUCGAACCCAAUGAUAUCAAACAUCGUCAACCUUAACGUGGGUGGAAGGGUGUUUCACAUCCCAAAACAUUUGGUCCUCCGACACCCAAAAACCAGGAUUGGUGUCCUUGCCCUCUGUGAUGAUCCAGUCAAACGCCUGACGCUGUGUGACGAUUACAAUGUUCAGAACAACGAGUUCUUUUUUGACAGAGAUCCCAUGUUUUUCCACUACAUAUUCCACUUUUACUGCAGUAAUGUCCUGUGGGUGAUGGAUAGCCUUUGUCCUGUCAACUUUGAGGAAGAGAUGUCAUUCUGGGGCCUGAAACUGAAGGACACUCCAAGGUGCUGCCGUAUUUUGUUUGAGGAGAAGGUGGAUGACAUCAGAGACCAACUGAAGGUCAACAAGGAGCUUAUUGAUGAGAUAAAACCUCACCAGGACGAUGAAGGUUACAAGGCCAUGUUUCUUGGAAACUUUCGGAAGGCCCUCUGGGACUUGAUGGAGAAUCCCUACUCCUCGCUUUCAGCCAAAGCAUUUGCUGUGUUUUCCAGCCUCUUUGUGCUUAUCUCCAUUGUUGCCAUGACAAUGAACACAGUGAAAGAACUCAGGGAGUACAAGCUCGCCGGGAGAACCUACAUGGAGUGGGUGGAGAUUAGUUCAAUCCUAUUCUUCACAUCUGAAUACUUUUUGCGACUAUUCACCACAUCCGACAUCAAACGUUUCGUGAAGAGCGCCCUCAAUUUUGUCGACAUUGUGGCUGUCAUGCCCUACUUCUUACAGCUCAUGUUCGAAACGUUUGUUAUAGAUGCAGAGGACAUGAGUGCACAGGAAGAUUUGAAGGCCAUGGCAAGGGUCAGUAAAGUCAGCAAGGUGCUCAAGGUUGUCAAGCUGAUGCGUAUCUUCCGUAUCUUGAAGCUCGCCCGUCACUCCACCGGCAUGAGGGCCUUUGGUUUCACCAUCCGCCAGUGCUCUGAGCAGGUAUGCUGUCUGUUUCUGUUCAUUGCGAUGGGCAUCUUCACCUUCUCUGCUUUGAUGCACUCUGUGGAGGUGGAUCAGCCUGGGACACCAUUCAGCAGCAUACCGGACGCCUGGUGGUGGGCUGCGGUGAGCAUCUCCACUGUGGGCUACGGAGAUGUCGUCCCCAUCUCCUAUCUCGGCCGCUGUGUGGCAUUUGGCUGCAUCUCGUUUGGCAUCAUCCUCAACGGCAUGCCCAUCUCCAUUCUCUUCAACAAGUUCUCCGACUACUACGCCAAACUGAAGGAGCAGGAAUACACGUUUUCAAACACGGAGCGCACCUUCCAGCUCAGGAAACGCCUGAGGCGCAAGUUUGACAGCUGCUAUGAACCCCAGCCAGACAACUCAGAGGAUGAGAUACACUAUCGGCCCUGCGGAAGGCAAGAGAUCCAUGAGAGCGAGGACUGAGAGGAGCUGCAGUGUUGCAUACAUGCUAGCCCUAAAUGGCCUUAUAACCCAUGGGUCUAGAAAGUGUAAGAACCCAUCUGCCUCCAACCCAGAGUGUGCGUGAUUUAAGAUAAACAGUCUAAGCGGAGUAAAUGGAGGCAGCAGCAUUAAAGUUGAGAUAAGCUUUAAGCCUCGACUUUACGGUCAGUUGCUGUUUGCACGCCAUGGGUGAUGACUCUGUCAAAUGAGACAUGAUGCUGCCACUGGACAGCUUGUUAUAUGUUUCCAAGAACAGGAAGUGGCUGGGACUAAUUCUGACCCAACUGAAAUAGAUGUUUGACAUAAGGAGGUCAAGCAGUAACAUUAUCAAGGAAGCAAUGUUGUACUGAUCACUUUUAAGGAGCGAGAUGCUUGUGAAGAAUUAUUCAAAGUGCUAGGCUUGUAUAAGAUAUUGGCCAGUAGCUGGUGAAACAUCACGUUGGACUGUGAGUUACCAUCUACCACUGUUUUUAAACUAAGGAAAUACAAAUGUACAAACAAUGAAAAUGUCUCCGAUCUACAUACACAUGCAAAAAGUUCAAUAUCACCAUUGCAAAGCUCCCAUGUACAAAGUUUUAUGUCAGACGAGUGUCAUUCCUGUGUCAUUUUGUUCUGUUCGGUCACUCGACUGUAUCUCAGUGGGAGGAGGGAUGCAGCUGUGGGCGUGUCAAGAGCAUAAGUGUAAUUUUGUUGUAAGGGAUUACGAGGAUUUGUCCUCGCGCCGCCUGCCUGGUCAGUCCGGAGCAGAAGUAGAUAAUGUCCAGGGCUAUUUUCAUCCAACGCACAAAGUGCUUACAGGACACUUUCAUGAAUGACGGCAGAUCCAUUUGUUUCAGAUGUAAGCCUCUCAAGCAAGGAAAUUAAGAUAAGAGACGAUGGGGCUUAUAACUAUCAAUGAGCAUGUGAGUGUGGCCCAAUCCCUGCAGGAAGUGAGAAGUGAGCUCCAUGGUGUUGGACUGUAGAUGUCAGGAUCAAUCAUGGUCUGGUCCUGAAGUCAAAACUGUCUCUGCACUGUGCUGCUGGCUGGGUUUAGCUCUAUGGAUAGCUCAUUAAAGAUGCGAUAUUUUACUCCUUUUUAUUAAGCUUAUAUACAGUAGAUCUGUGAGUUCCUCUACACGUGUCUUCGUCUCUUAUUUACAUUUAAAAAACAAAGUGUAGAACAAGGCCCCUUUAAACCGGUUCAUGCUCUAGACCACAGUUCUUUAGAGACCAGACAUAUUUAAAGUGUUGAUCAAAGACAUUAUUCCAUCCAUAUGAAACAUGAUUAAAAGCAGUUAUGUAUGUUCAAUGAAUUUUUGUUCAAAUUACCAGUACGUUACAAAUGCUUCCUUGUUUUCCUCCAUGACUAGACUUUGUCCAUUCGUGACACAUUUGUCCAAUUUCUCUGAGUCACUGAGUGAAAUUUUGUACAUGCACAAAUGUAAAUGUAUGAAGGUGAUAAAAGCUGCCAUGUGCAAACAAAAGGUGUCAAAAGAAAGACAUUUUAUGUGUAUUUUAUUUUAUAGGCAAUUCUCUCUUAUUUAUUUUGCAGAGUUGAAAUCUGUGUAUUACAGAUACUAUAAAUAAUACUGUAAAAUGUGUCAUUAUUCUUUCUUUAGUGUGCAUAAAAACACACACAUACAUCACAGGCUGGACAUAUUGAACACAGAUGUUAUUAUGUAUUGAAAAGUAUACUUCUGAAUUA